AUGCGGGCGGUCGAAGGAGGAGGGAUGCUGCUCCCCACCUCGGUUGUGGUUCUCGGAGUUAUCCCCUGUGUCGUAUCUCAGUGGAGUGUCUGGAGUGGCUGCGCAGAGCCUUGCAAGACAACGUAUCGUGUUCGGAGGAGGCACGUCAUCCAGGAGCCCAGGAAUGGAGGAGAGGCAUGCCCUCCUCUGGAGGAGAGGGCUGGCUGCGUGGAGUACCGGACUCACCAAGGAACAGAGUGCAAACAGUCCCUGAUCCCAGCAUUAAUAACAACAGGAGGGUUUGGAAAAGCGAGGAAAAAAAGAGCUGCAGCUGAUGGCAAUGAAAGAGCAGGGUACUGUGUUGAAUUCCAGCUUGUGGCCAUCACACCAGGCUGCUUGCACAGCCACCACUCGUACACUCACUGGAUGCAGUAUCUCAGGGAGGGCCACACUGUCUGCGUGGAGUGUCAGCACCCAGCUUUAGACUCCAGAAGUCUACAUUGUUAUGGGGAUGGCAGCAGAAGCAAAAAGAAUCAGCUGUUGCACUGGCAGGCGGUAGGGAACCCUCAGUGCAAGGGAACCUGGAAGAGAAUUCGCCAGCUGGACACUUGCUCCUGUCCUUCUGUUCACAGCUUCUUGUUCAUCUAACUUCUCCUGACAGUCCCAGCAAGCGAGUGCUGUGGUGGCUUGUCUGGCACCAAUGUGCGGCAGCAGUAGGAACCACAACCAAAACAAUGACUUCUC